AUGGACCAAUGCUGGCCUACGAAAAUCUCAGACAAUCCUGGGGGGCUCGAAAGGUACCAGCGGUAUAUCUCUGUCUCUGUCAUUUGCGCGGCCACAUCCCUAUCACUUCCCACUUCCUCUCACUUGAGUCGCUGCAGCGCAAUCGCUGGGAGUGUCAUUUCUUCGUCAAAUUUAUUCUCAGCUAUGAUCUGGCAUGUGUCAAACUCAGCCACAACCGCCCAAGCUAUCGUAAAUGAAGUUAUGUUUGCCUAUGGAUCAGGACCUUUAGAAGGGUUGGAGGUAGAGGACUCUCUCAAAUUUUCUCCAAACGUAGCUAUUCAGUCUCAAUCGAUCGGUGCUGCAUUAUAUAUAAGUCUCAAGUUAUCCAAAAUGUUUUGGUUUGAUAGCGCCCUUCAGUCUCAAGGGUUCGACGGUGUAGAUGGCAUUCUCGGCAUCGGCCCAGUUGACCUGACAGUUGGUGGAACCGAUAGCUCCAAGUACACAGAUGAUUAUUCUCUCAACACCGGCCGGUACCGUCGACACUGCACGUCCUUAUACGUGUCGGCUUUCAACACAGGAACUACCCUGAUCCUGAUCGCCAGUGACCCCUUCAGCAGAUACAUGUCAGCCGCCGGUGCCGUUCGACAAGACCACUGGUCUCCUUCACAUCACCUUGUCUCCUUCGCAUCACCCCCGAGUUUUUCCGCAGCUCGUAGCGCAAUUCAUAGCUCACGAAGUCCCAAGUAG